AUGAAUAUAUCUAUUAAGUAAAUAGAGGAUGAUUUAAACGGUAAUGAUACAUCUCCUUCAAGACAAUAUGAUUCUUUUAAAUUGAUCAAUAAUCUUUUAAUAAAAACAAAAGAUUCUGUGGAACAAAAGUUUAAGUUAAUAAAAAGAAGAAAAAAUCAUCACAAAUCAGAGAUUCAUCAUCCUAAUAAGAUGAAAAUGGAUAAUAAAUAAAAUGAUAUUGAAUAAAGAGGAGCUACUUGUGAAAAAUUGCCAAGUGAUCUAUAAAUUGAUACUUAGAUUAGACAAUAAAUAAAGAAAAAUAUUAAAGUAUCUGAGUAAUGUGUAAGUAAAAACAAUGUUUUAGAAUCAAAUUCAUCUUCUUAUAGUUCAAAAAUAGGAUCAAAAUAAAGUUGUCUUAAAGGAAUUUUGAAAAAGUAAACUUUGGAAUCAUCAUUUUCAGAUAAUAAUUCUAGAAAUAGUAGUGUUGAAAGUAGAAAAAGUGUAAAAUUUAAUUUGGUAUAGCCAAAUAUUCGAAUGGCUUUAAAUUAAUGGAAAUGA